AUGCCAGAGCGAUCCAAGAACUGCCAGAUCCUUACUUCUGUGUUGAUGCUGAGCGUCCAGGUCUACGGGCUCAGUGAGGUCGGACACGCCACCCUGGGCUGGCAGCUCUGCCUGGCUCUAUCUACAGCCGUGGGCGAGCUCAGGGACCCAGCCCACCUGAGGCAGGUCCCCUGCUCUGAGCUGGCUUUUGUCCCACUCGAGACAGAGGCUUGGUUCCAGGCCCCUCAGACGCCCAAGUCCGGCAAUGCUCAAGGCCCUUCAGAACAGGACUCCACCCUUGUGAACCUGCGGGGAAAGUUCUCUAGACGCAAAGCAGAGGAGAGAGGCUCCCACAGGGCCCAGGAGCCAGGAAACCCCCGGGGGGAGGAGGCCUCUGAGCCUCCUGGGGUGCAGGCCACGGGGCACUGCCUCUUGCUGGUCUCCUUGAGCCCUGGUGGCUCAGAGCCGCACCCCACCUGGCACAGCACCUGCCCCAAGGACGGCGCCUUGCACCUGGUGUCACUAACGUGUGGUCUCCCCUGCAGGCGCAGCCAGGCCCCACACCGCCCGGAGAGCCAAGUGCCAGUUAUCUGUGACUACGGCUCAGGCUUCAGCAAGCUGGGCUUCGCAGGAUGCGAGGCCCCCUACGCCGUCUUCCCAACCGUCCUGGGCAAACUCCGGCAUGACACCAUGUUGGUGGGAAUGGAGGAAGAAGACUGGUUCAUCGGAGAUGAGGUCCAGAACAAGCGAGGGAUCCUCAACUUGCAAUACCCCAUCUCCCGGGGAGCCAUCACCAACUGGGACAACAUGGAGAAGAUCUGGCAUCACUCUUUCUACCACGUGCUCAACAUCGCCCCCGAAGAGCACCCUCUCAUGGUGACAGAACCUCCCUUAAGCAAAACGUCCACCAAAGAGAAAGUGACCCAGAUCCUGUUUGAGACCUUCGGCGUCCCCGCCCUCUACAUAGGCAACCAAGGUGUCCUGUCUCUGUACUCUUCUGGCCAAACCUCGGGUGAGUGGCCCUGUGGGAGCCCUUCCCCAGCCCACAGUCCCGUCCCAGCGCACACUCCUCCCUGGCACCUCAGGGAGGGACCACACCGUGCGCACCCCGCCCUCCCACCCUCUGGUUAAGCAGGAUACACCCAG